GCAGCCUCUCCCCUCCCAGAUCCCCCCGGCCCCCAGCAACUCGAGACCGCUCCGGCUUUGGAGUCCCCAGUCCUUGGCGGCAUGAUAACAGUAGAUUCCUGCACGUGAGACGGUAUUGGCACUUCGUCAUCAAGAGGCCCAAGUCCCAAAACCUGCCAUCCAUCCGUUCCCGGUCGCGGGGCUGAAGAGGGGUAACCCUUCGCCUUGGAAAAAAUAUCACAACCCAAAAGGUAGACGUCUAGAACGCACCAAGUUGCCUUUGCCUACCCCGGUUUCAAACAUCUCCAGCCCACCUGCCUGGGCACGGCAGUUUUACUUUCCGACAUCUUCCGCUUCUCCAACUGCCCCAGAUUGUGCGCUUUCCCAAUCUGGAGGACUAGCCACACCCACGCAUGUAUUGACCGUCGUUAUCACUCCCAGUCACGCCAGCUAGGACCAGUCAUGGAUGCUUUCCCAUAUAUCCCACCACAUCUCAAGUAUGCUGGCCUAUCCAAGCAAGAAAGAGAUAGAAAUGCCGCCGCGGAAAAAGGACGUGACAGCACAAAGGCCAGCGUCACCUUCUUGAGCCAGGCAAAUUCCCCGGGAACCAACUUGUCGCAAGCGGACCCUCUCAACGCGGCAAGGAGACACAGCACCAUGAGCACCCGCAGCUACCCAAUGCCCUUUCCCGGAAGCAUGGAAACCACGGAAGAUGAUGACCUUCCCCCAUUUCCGGAGCCGGAGGUAUCUUCACUGGCCCUCGAUACUAAACCUGGCGCACAGAUACAUUACACAUAUUACCCUGCCUCGAAACCGCAGGGCAACCAUCCCAACCCGUUUUCCCAAACGCUCAUCGUCUUCCUCAACGGGGCUAUGAUGCCGCGAAGCUCGUGGGACGCUGCAAUACGCAGCUUCCUGGAAAAGCGAAUCACAGGUCGACUACCAUAUCCAGGACUACUAAGCUACGAUCGCUAUGGACAAGGGGAGUCUGACCCAGACCCCGACGACCCUCAUCCCCCGCCCUCACACGGUCAUGACGCCAUCUCGGCCGUCAAAGCUCUCAAGCAAUUUACCCUACAAAUCUGGCGUGAACACCUCGAUAUCAACAAGCCAACACACUAUCCCUGUCUAAUCUUUGUCUGCAACAGCCUAGGCUGCGCCCUCGCCCGCCUAUUCGCUCAAUGCUACCCAGGAACCGUCUCCGGCCUCCUCUUCCUCGACAGCAUAAUGGCCAAUUCCGACUACCAGGACUUCUGGCCCGACCCAGAUGCCCCAGACUUUGAUCCCCACAUGCUACCCGACGACGUGACGGCCGACCAGGUCCGCGCUGUGAGGGAAAAGUACAGGAGCAUGUUUCACCCGAAUGUACCAAGUCCUGAGGGGCUUUCACGCAGGAACCUGGCUAAACUGCUGCCGGAUGCUGGGGCCCCGAAGCUGGAGGGGUAUCUGGGCCGAGGCCCUUAUUUGACGGUUGUGGGCCAUGACUGGGAGACGUUUGCUGAGCAGUCUUCCAACCCUCCUCUCAACGCUCCCAAAGCCCUCACAAUGACGUAUGCGAACCCCGCAUGGCGCCGCUACAACGAGGAGCUGUGCCACAUUACCGAGGAAGGCAAGGCCAUUGGCCCCAUUACCGCGGUCCGCUGCGGCCACUUUAUCCAAAGAGACGAUCCACGUUUUGUCAGCGACGAAAUGGUGAGUUUGCUGGAUAGAGUGGUGAAUCGUGUGCAGCAGGUGAGCAAGCGGGAUUGAAAGAACGGAUGAAUGAAAGCUUGAAAGUUGGGGUGUUGAUGUAAUAAGUGUACAUACGUAAUAUACCAGGAGAGAGAGGGGAGGAACAAGAAGGAAACAAGUUCCUAUGUAUGGGAGAAAGCAGAAUUUCAUGGGUCUCCUAUCAUAAGGCAUAUAUACGUAUAUUUGCUUGAACAACAUCAUCUACUAU